AUGUCGGUCGCUAAUGGAGGGUCAGGGGAGUCCAGCACCCCGAAUGGCGUGGUGAAAGGAGAGUCUGACCAGAAGUCUGGCAAUGGAAAGGGGCCGCUAGCUGUGGAGCUGUCGAGCUCUAAAGCCCCGUCGGGAGUGCCCGAGAAGCCGCAGGACGACUGGCAGGUUGCAUACACCUGGGCAUUCCUUGUCAAGUUCGGUCUGCGAGACAAGAUCAAGGGCUUGGAAACACCAGAAGACCUCGAACGCUGCCUGACCCAGCCGGUGGCCCUCCGCCCAGACGAUGUUCUGGAGGGAAUUCUGAUCCGCUUCCUCGCCAACCUCAAACCGGGAAUCAAGCAGUUGCGAGACGAUAACAUCCAGUCGCAUCUGUCUAGCUACAUAUCCGACCAGCUACAGCAUUCGAAUGAGUUCACGGUUUGGGACGACCCAUGGCCCCAGCAUGAGGACCAGCGCGGGGCCUGCUGCUCGACAGCGCCGGACCGCCUGGAGCAGGGCCGCUUGCGGCCCCUGGGCGAGGAUCCGAAGGAGCGUGUCAAGCGAAACCCCAUCAAGCAGAUGGAGGAGAAGGGCCAGGGUAUCUUUGAGCUGGACUGGCAGGAGCGCGCCAAGCUGCUGCGGCAGUUGGUGGAUUGGCAGCUCACGCACGCCGAGAACAUUCGUCAGACGAUCAAGGAACAGCACAACAUGAGCAAGAAGGCUUAUGACGAGCUGAAGAACCCGAUCAAGCUGGAGCCGCUGGGCACUGAUCGCAAGAAGGUUCGAAUUUGGAGCCUGGAUGGUGAGUUUGCAUCCGGCAACCCGUUCAAGCGCCCUUGUCCGCUCGUCCCCUACACCUUCACGCGAGACGAGCUUCAGGCCGAGCAGGAGCGUUUCGCCGCUUACGGUGCCGAGAAGGCGCCCAAGCUCAUUGGCUCCGGUCCAAAGGGCAAACCGACCAAAGUCGAGCUCAGAGACCACAACAAGCUUGUCAAGGGUAUUCAGGACGAGGCCAAGCUGGCGGAGAAGCUUGCGGGACUCGCUCCAAACGUCGAGAAGGAGGAGGCGCGAGUUCAGCGAGUCCGCAAGAAGAUCCAGCAGGAGGCGCAGAACCGGGCUCUGUUUGAGAUGCGGAACCAGGAACGAUCCACGCGAACGAGGCGAUCCACGCAGAAAGUCGACUAUACGUAUGACGGCUGGGACAGCGAAGAGGACGACGAGCCUCGGCGCAGUGGUCGGCGAGGGCGAGGAGCGGCCGAUUCUGAGCCUGAAAGCCGUCGCCCCGUCAUUCCAGGCGAACGGCGGUCGGCGCGCGUCAGCGCUCGACAGGCGAUGGAGGAGGACGAGUACGAGGAGCAGCCGACGCGUAGCCCAACUCCGCCACCGAGCCCACCAAAGGAGGCGAAACCGACGACUCGCGAGGUUUUCCCCGAGGGCGUGAAAAAGGUGAAGGGAUACGCGUGGGUCGAGGACGUUGACGGCGGGGAGGGGAGCGAUAUGGGUUCGCAGCCGAACGGGGAUGAGAAUCAUGCCGACUCGGGCGUAGACGGCUCGAAAGGGGAGCCGAUAGAGAUCGAUUGA